GAUGAGGUUGGUUUCCAGUUCAGGCUCAGAUCAUUAGUGAAACCAUUCAAAACUGUGGCUAAAUUCCAUAGGCCAGGGACAGCAUGCUGCUUGAAUGGGUGUCAAGGAAUAUUGGUCACCUCAAGGCGCCUGGGUCUAUCAAGACAUAAAAGCCAAUCCCUGCACUGGAAAUUUGUCUUGUGUAAUCUGUAUUUGCAAAUCUUCCAGGCAUUAUGUGAACAAGGAGCAUGUGCAGCCCCUGCUCAAGUAAGGCUGCCACACACAUGGGGAGAACAGACAUGAGAAUGGAAGGCAGGAAAUGCAAACAGACAAUGCUUCCUGGAGGGAACGGUGUCUACACUAUCCUAACUGCAGUAGAUAGAGAAGUUGAAAGAAGAGCAGUGAUGCUGGCACCCAGGAUGCUGAGGCAGGAGGACCACUGCUGGCACUGUGAAUUUAAGAGCCCAAAUGCCCAUCCAACCUCCGAGCAAAGACGCGGAAGAGAUGGAAGCAGAGGGCGACUCAGCUGCCGAGAUGAAUGGGGAAGAGGAAGAAAGUGAGGAGGAACGGAGCGGCAGCCAGACCGAGUCAGAAGAGGAGAGCUCAGAGAUGGACGACGAGGACUAUGAGCGGCGCCGCAGUGAGUGCGUCAGUGAAAUGCUCGACCUGGAGAAGCAGUUCUCAGAGCUGAAGGAGAAGUUGUUCAGGGAGCGGCUGAGUCAGCUGCGCUUGCGGCUAGAGGAAGUGGGGGCUGAGAGAGCCCCCGAGUACACAGAGCCUCUCGGGGGACUGCAGCGGAGCCUCAAGAUUCGCAUCCAGGUAGCAGGAAUCUACAAGGGCUUCUGUCUGGAUGUGAUUAGGAAUAAGUACGAGUGUGAGCUGCAAGGGGCCAAGCAGCACCUGGAGAGUGAGAAGCUGCUGCUCUAUGACACGCUCCAGGGGGAGCUGCAGGAGCGGAUCCAGAGGCUGGAGGAGGAUCGCCAGAGCCUGGACAUCAGCUCGGAGUGGUGGGAUGAGAAACUGCAUGCCAGAGGCAGCUCCAGGACCUGGGACUCACUGCCACCGAGCAAGAGGAAGAAGGCACCUCUGGUUUCUGGCCCUUAUAUCGUGUACAUGCUGCAGGAGAUAGACAUCCUAGAGGACUGGACGGCUAUCAAAAAGGCCAGAGCAGCAGUGUCCCCUCAGAAGAGAAAAGCAGAUGGACCAUGAUGCUGUUCACACCCGGGGGGGUUCCCUUGGAACAGCUGGCACUAUACCCAGGACUCGAAUCUUCCUGCAGAAGGCAGAUUGGCACACCCAGGGGCCGCCCAGCCAACUCUCCAGUGCUGCUGCAGGGACCACUCAUCUGGACCCUGCCUCAGCCUGCACAGCUGUAGCUCUGGAGCUGACCUGGCCCCCGGCAAGACUGUUGUCUCUGUCCCUUACCCAGCCCACCCCGCAGUGUCAGUGACAAAGGAGAGGGGCCUUGUCCUAAGCCAAAGCAACAUUCCUCCUGGUGACCUCAGAUAUUCGGACUCCAGCCACUAGCCCAGGAGCUGGGCCCUCCAGCACAAGAACUCUAAACCGGAAAUGCUAUCUCAAGGGCCUGUCUGCAGCCAGAGGUGGUAGCCAGGGUCCCCAGCUUUUCUCAGGGCCAUUCCUGGAAUCUGCUCCCUGAUUGUAAGAACUGGAAUUAAAACCUUUUCUGGAA